CUUAAAUCCGUUAUUUAAUACUGCGCACUUCAUUCAAACUAUAGCUUCGUCAUAAUGAAAAUUCACCAUAGUAAACAGAUGCGCCCACCUGGUCUGUGGGAAUGAUUUUUGGAAUAUUGACAGUUUUUGCUAUUAUUUCCUUCACAAUAACCAGGAGAAUGAAUGCUUUGUGGCAUGACGGUUCUUGGGAUCCUUCUUGGGAUACAUGGUGGCACUACAAAGAAGGCGUAAUGGGAGGUCCGAGUCAUUGGGGACAGACAGCUUUCAUGGCUAUUGCCAAUGACGUAUGGCCAGCUUGUUAUCAAGGGAGAAUGCAAUCUCCAAUCAGUAUCUCCACGAAACAUCUACUAUUUGAUCCUAAUUUGGUGCCAUUGAAAAUCUCAGGUUCAGAUAAGCAAAUUGAUGUGGAGGUAGUGAAUACAGGACAAGAUUUACAGGUGAAAAUUCUCGAUUCAAUAGCAUCAAUUGUAUUCAGUGAAGGACCAUUAGUAUAUAGCUAUAAAUUCUUUGGAGCUUUAAUCAAAUUUGGUUCAAGAUCAGAUCGUGGUUCAGAUCACCAAAUUGAUGGUAUUGCUUUUCCCGCUGAGCUACAACUGUAUGCAUUCAAUUUUAUUUUAUACCAAAACUUUUCUAACGCACUUUCAAAACCAAAUGGCUUAGCUGUAUUAUCUGUUCUUUUUAAAAUUGGUGAUCAGUCGUCAGCUGAUUUGGAAGCAUUACUAUCUACGGCAGAGCAGGUUCAAUUGAAAGGACAAUCUAAAAGGCUUCAUGGUUUGCUGUUGGAUGCUGUUUUACCGUCUACUAUGCAAUAUAUUACUUACCAAGGCUCUUUACCGUUUCCUGCCUGUUAUGAGACUGCAACAUGGAUUUUGCUUAAUCAACCGAUUGUAAUUACAGAAACUCAGGUAAGACAACAUAUAUUAACAAUCUAUAGACCAUUUUUAAUAACUCCAAAUGUGAAAAUUUUUGUGUUGAAUAAAUUAUCCUAGCAACUAAGCGUAUAAUGAAACCAUAAUUAUAAGUUUCCUAUAGAGAAUAAAUAUAUUUAAAUUAAAAGCUGAUCUUAGUUAGGCUAACAUUUAAAACGUCGAUGCACUAGACGUCUGUUUUAUUAUAGCAAGAGACUUCUGAGCAGUGUACAUCAACGACCCUGCAAACGGCAAUCAAACUCAGGACUUCCAUCAUGUAUGUGAUCAUAUAGGGCAUAUGCUUUCAUAAUAAAUAUUGACGAACCUAAAUUAAAACAAUUAGUCCUUUUUGGAAAAUUUCGAUAAUGCAAUGAGAAGACGAAGUUCAUCAGAAUUAUUUACGCAAUAGAUUUCAAACAAUCUGACCACACAUAUACUUGUUAAGACAUUUUUAUAUGAAAAUUAAAAGGUCAACUAGACAAAGUAAGGGUAAGCCAUAACACGGGAAAAAAAUAUUGAAGUACACAAAGACAAAUGUGAUAACCACUCUCAAUAAUAAAUCAGUAUUAUCAGGGUAGGUUAAGGGAAAGGACAAAUUGUUUUUGAACACAUAAAGAGGGUUUCAGUUUCCGUAUAGCUAAGGCUUCAAUAAAUCUUAGUAUACGUCCUUGAAGGCUUUUGUACAAUACUACAAAUGCUGACUUGAUAUCAACCUUAUGACCAGCCUCCAUCACAUGUUUCGCAAUGGAGGAAGAUGUGUGUCUAUCCUUUGAUUUUAUUUGACCAUCGGAAUUCAUUUGCUUCUGCAGCCAUUUUAGUAUGUGUUCACCCACCCUUAUUUGGAAAUUACGAUUGCUCUUCACUAUGUACAUGUUUGAUAGGCACAAUCGGAUGUAACACAAUCGGUUACAUGCUGUUUGGAUUUUCAGUCAAAUGUAAACCUUGUCUUUUCAAUAAUGACAAGCUGGCCGCUGCAUAAAAUGUCCAAAUGAUGGCUAAUUAUGGCCAAAUUAUGGAAAUAACCAACAAUUGUUGACCAACUAAUUAUUAAUAAGAAAAUGCUAGUUCCUUGCACUGCCUUCUAGAAUAUCAGCGUCACAUGCUACGGUCGGACGGUAGCAUAACUAGUCUCCUUACCAACUGGCUGAAUUAUCAUGGCGUUACAGCCAAUAAUAAUAAUUAUAAAUACCCAUGUUUUUCUGCACAAUUUUGAUUCCUUCCCAAUAGUCACUUUUCCUGCUUCUUUCGUC